GCACUCUUGGAACAAUGACGAACUUGCUUGCUCCCGACUACGACCGAUUCGCGAGAGUGUCGUUAAUAGUAUUAGUAAUAUAAUUCUUCCCCUGAUUCGCCGGAUGAAUGUUAAACUCCGAUGGUUACCUCCGUCAUCUAGUUACCAUCUUACGAGACAGCUCGUAGGACGCCGAACUAUUUAAGAAACGCGUGUAUCGACUUAAUAACUGAGACUCUUUUGUACGAUCAGGACUAAGUUCAUGAAGAUACCUAAUAAUCACCCAUCUAGCUCAUAAAAUAUGCCUCCACCAAGAGGCACACCUAACCCAUUAGAGGGACCAGGAGAUUAUGAUGUCACCUCCAUUGUCCACAGCGAUACAUACCCGGCAAUUGAUUCUUCCAAAGCGAACUUCAAUGGAAAAGCAGUAUUUAUCAGCGGCGCAUCCAGGGGUUUAGGAAGAGCAAUGGCCGUCUCAUUCGCCAAAGCCGGCGCAUCAAUGAUUGCGAUUGGCGCGAGAUCAGAUCUCUCAACUACAGUCAAAGAGAUGAAGACGGCGGUAGCAAACGCGGGAAAACCCGAACCGAUCAUUCUGCCUAUCAAAUUCGACGUCUCCGAUCGCAAAAGCGUCGACGAAGCUGCAGAUCAAGUCAAGAAAAGCUUCGGUCGUGUUGACAUCGUGAUUAACAAUGCCGGGGUUCUCUACGGAAGCCCAAUUGUGGAUAGUGAUCCUGACGAGUGGUGGAAGGUGUUCCAAAUCAACCUCGUCGGCCCGUAUUUAGUUGCGCGUGCUUUCAUCCCCUUACUACUGGAAGGAGGCGACAAAACCAUAAUCACCGUGGCGAGUGUUGGCGCUCAUUUGAAAUCGCCCGGUUUAAGCGCGUACCAAACUUCUAAGAUGGCAGUUGUACGGUUGACCGAAUUCUUCGUGGCAGAGUAUGGAAAGAGAGGCAUAUUAGCUUACAGCAUACAUCCUGGGAACAUCCCGACCGACAUGCUCGGCGGCAUAGAAAACGCUCCUCCUGAGCUUCAGCCAGUAUUUGUCGACACAGCAGAACUAAGCGCCGAUUCGUUGGUCUAUUUGACUUCGCGGAAACGAGACUGGCUGGCCGGGAGGUAUAUCAAUGUCACAUGGGAUCUACCCGAACUUAUGGAGAAAGAAGAUGAGAUAGUUAAAGGCGAUAAGCUGAAACUUCGAUUGGUUAUCUAGGCCUUGUCAUGAAAUCAGCAAGUAUUUAUAGCAAUAUAUUCAAAGUAUUUGGUUAUUUUAGUCCUUGAUAUGGGGCCUCUAAUACGACCCAGCUCCCGUAUAGGGUUACCUCUAAACUCGGUCGAGAUAUUGCA